AUGUCCAACCGACCAGUUCCAGUCACGGGCGAUCGACCCCUUGCACUCGUCUCCGCUUUAGACCUCAACACCUUCAACGGGCAAGUACUUUACAAGGCCGUGGUCAUGAAUUGCGCCGGGGGCAAUAUGUACGGGAAUAUCAGCCUUUUGACAGACAUUGUGGUGGGGUUUUCAAGGGGUGAGGCGCUGUAUAAGUUGUUGGAGCACGUGGAAGUUCAGGGUUGGAAUAGGAUUAUGGAGGUGGAUAUGAGAACAGAUAGGUGA